AGAACAUUUUGCUAAGAAAAAUCGACAUUUUUUUUUUCGCAAAAGCAUUGUUAAAUACAAACUAACAAAAUUAAUAAAAAAAAUUUAGUAAAAUAUUAAAAAAGUUAGGCCACACAGUAGGGGAAUACACACAAGGAGAUUUAGAAAACUUAUGCAAAAUUUCAGACAAGUGGUGAAACUAUAGAAACAGUGUGGUGUGCUAACUAAAAGACAAAAAAGAAAAAAAAUUAUCAAUAGAAAAAUUACUCAGACGGCUUUUUAGAAAAAAAAUACCCCCAGCAACGCAAAGGCGAAGAAGCAUCUAACAUUACUUUUCAAGCCGGCAUAGCGGCAUUACAUAUAUCUAAACCAAAUAGUUACUACUAUGGCUGAAGCAGUUGUUGAGGAAAGGCCAACAGUGCCAACUAGGUUCUAUUGUCAUAUGUGCGAUGAGGAAAUAAACAUUCCCAAUACUAAUACCGAUUACAUUUGUCCCAUUUGUUCGGGAGGCUUUGUGGAGGAAUUACCACCAGCAGCGGCUUCAAAUAGCAGUGCCGGUGGCAACAGCAGCACAAGUAAUGCUAGUUUUAUGGGCGGUGGAAACGACGAACAGCAACUGGAAGCCUUACGGGGUCAGAUAGCCAACCUCUUGGCUUCACGUAAUGGCCCCAACCUGGAGAUAAAUAUUAAUCCUAGUUCAAUGCGCACCCAGCCGAGAGGCAUUGUAUCCUUGGGACCUGUACCCACAGGAGGUGGACGUGUACGACCUCAAAGUCUAGAUCGCUUGGACAAUGUUUUAUUAGACUUUUUACAAUCGAUUUCCGUGGGCAGUGGCGCGGUGGCAGGCGAAAUGAAUCCUUUCGACAAUUCGCAGCUUUUGUUUAUGGGCAAUUUGGGUGAUUAUGCCUGGGGUCGUGAGGGUUUAGAUACGAUUGUAACUCAACUACUAAAUCAAAUGGAAACUUCUGGUCCUCCACCUUUGGCCAAGGAUAAAAUUGAAGAUAUACCCAAGGUGAACAUAAGCGCCGAAGAAGUCGAACGUAAACUACAAUGUUCCGUUUGCUGGGAAGAUUUCAAAAUUAACGAAAAGGUACGCAAGCUACCCUGUUCUCAUUUAUACCAUGAGGAUUGUAUAGUGCCAUGGCUUAAUUUACAUGGUACUUGCCCCAUUUGCCGCAAAUCGCUCAAUGGCGAGGAAGACGACGAUAACGAUGUUCACAUGGAUAAUUUGGAUGACCAUCAUCGUGCAUCUGCAGCUGUAUCCGUAUGCCCUAUACAUCAGCAGCAACAACAGAAUCAAAACAAUACAAGUAAUAAUUCGGAGCAACCUGGUACUAGCAAUUCAGCUGCUAAUGCAUCGUCAUCUAGUCAACAACGUCAACAACAACAGCAGCAGCAACGCUCUGAAAAUAUUUUUGGUUUUGAGAAAAUGGAUAGUGUUGAUUUGGACUAAAUUUUUUGUUUGUUCUUUUUUUUCUGUUUCUUAAAUAGCAUGUAUGAAUUGGAAAUAUUAUGAAAUACUACGGUGAGCGAAAUUCAAUUAAGAUUCAAAUGAUUUUUAAUUGAGACAACUAAAAUUUGACAAAUAUUAAAUUUUUUAAAAUAUAUUGUAUGUAAAUUCUAUUGAUAUUAAUUAUGGUUUUGUUGAUAAAGUACUUUUGGAGUCUUAAUUAUAAGACAUCUAAAGUUAAUUAAUUCCAUGUCAUUUUCUUUCAUAAAUCUAAUGACAUGAAUUUUCAAGAUAACUAUUAAUUCUAGGAUAUUUUAUAUUGUUUCUUCUUAAAAUACGCCUAUAAAAUAUAUAAAAACGAGACAUUUUAUGUACUCAAACCAACUGACGAUAGGCUUUUGUAUUAAAGGAAGAAAAUCAACUUUAGAAAUAUUUUUAUAAUAAACUUCGCAUAUAUGUAUGUACGUAUAAAAAAUAAAUUAGUAUACAAUUUGUUAUAAAAGAUUUAAAUAUUUGUUUCAAUUUUUUCCAAAUUAUCAAUAACCUAAACUUCGCUCAAUGUAUUUUAAAUUUUUGAACGAAAAUUCAAGUAGUAUUUGAUCUAUAAAGACUAACAAUGGAGACAAAAGAAAUGCUCAGCUUAAAACAAUGUUAAAAAAUUAAAAUUACACAGAAAAAAAAUAUUUUUGUUUUCAACACACGUCAUAUUUAACUUUAAUUUUGUUUAUAUAUAAUUGUCGACUAAUAUAAUAUAUAUAUUUUUAAUUUACAUUAUUAUUUCGUUUGUAUUUAAAUAAUUAAACAAAAAUACUAUCUUGUCACUUAAAAACUUUGGCUAUUUAACAAUAUAGUACAUACACAAUAUAAAAUAUUCUAAACUAACAAAGAUAAUUUUCAUUUAUUCAUUAAUGUAAAAAAACACUUUUAAAUGAAAAACAAAACAAACAAAAAUAUUUAUUAAAAUAUUUUAUCCAAAAACUUAAAUAUACAUUCAUAUACAUAAUUAUUUACAAUUAAAUUGUGCAUAGCGAAAUUUAAAUAAAAGUGUUACAGGUGAAACAACAAUGGAAUUAUGAAGAUCCGCAAAAAACAUACAAUAAUUAAUAUCUAUGAUUAACUUUCACCGCAAACCAUUUAUUUUAUAUUCGUAAGCAUAAUAAAGACUUUGUUCUUUAUUUUUGGAAAAUUUUAUUUAUUGUUUUUGAAUAAUGAUGCUUUAAUUAUAUUAAUACGAUAUUGUAAGAAAAAAAAUAAAACAAAAUUAUUUAUUUUUGUAUAACCUUAUUUUAAUUACACACUAAAAAUAAAAUUUAUUUAAGAAAACGGUAAUUUUUUUUAAAUAUUUGUCACUUAAAUUUCUAAAAUAUUGUUUUGAUUUGCCUAUAAAACACAUUAUACAUGAAUUAUACUAUACAUAUAUUCAAAAACGUUUAAAAUAUAUUUAAUAACAUUUAAUUAUAAAAUAGCUUAGUUGAAGACGAAAUAAACAAGUUAAAAACAUAACUAAAAAUAACA